CAUUUCAACGACCUGACCGUUGGAGACCUGUCUUUCUUCUUCUUCUUCUUCUUCUUGCAGGUAUAGCUAUGAGAUGGUAAGCCUAAGCCCCCCAGUCCCCUUUAAAUCCAGCAUUUCGCCAAUUCUGUCAGCUCAAUUCAGUCCGAAGCCGAAACCGAAACCUCAGAACUCCAUUUCUUCUUCUUCAUCCUCCUCCUCUUAUAUUCGCAUGCGUGGAGCCCUCAGGUCUCUUGUCCCUCCUGUUAGUAAAACCCCUCUGCUCUCUCAGAACCCACUCAGUAUCUCUCCUCUCAGAGAAAUCCCUUUCCGGGAUACCCUCGCGGAAGCUUUUAAAUCCCUCAGCAAGCUCAUCAGCGAUGGACUUCGCCCUGUUGACGAGUACUCGCAAAUUCUUGAGAUCUGUGCGUCGAGCAAGGCUCUGGCUCAAGGCCAACAGAUCCAUGCCCAUGUGAUUAAAUCGGUUCCUGAUGGGGACUCGUCGGUUUUCUUGAACACCAAGGUCGUGUUCAUGUAUGGUAAAUGCGGUCGUGCCCGUUGCGCGGAGAAAGUGUUUGCUGGAAUGCCUCAGAGGACGAUUUUCUCUUGGAAUGCCAUCAUCGGAGCUUAUACCUCCAAUGGUGAUCCACUUGGCUCUCUGCAAUUGUACAGCAAAAUGCGAGAAUCAGGCUUUUCUCCUGACCCAUGUACUUUUGCCUCGGCAUUGAAGGCCUGCAGUGCGCUUAAAGAUCUCCGAUCAGGAACUGAAAUUCACGGUUUAGUGAUUAAAUUCGGGUAUGCCUCUGUUGUUUUUGUGGUCAAUUCGCUUGUUACGAUGUAUGCAAAGUGCGACGACCUUGAUGGUGCAAGGAGAUUAUUCGACAGCAUGAAAGACAAAGAGGAUAUCGUGACAUGGAAUUCGAUCAUUUCUGGCUACUCUGCCAGCGGGAAAGGCUUGGAGGCAUUGGACAUUUUCAGGAACUUGAGAAAGACUGGUCUUGAGAUGAAUACGUACACAACUGUUGCAGCCCUGCAGGCAUGUGAAGAUUCGAAAUUCCAAAAGUUGGGUUCAGAAAUCCAUGCAUUUGUCCUGAAAUCUAGUUCUGACCUUGAUGUUUAUGUGGCCAAUGCCUUGAUUUCCAUGUAUGCAAGGUGCAGUAGGAUGAGUGAAGCCUUGUGUGUUUUCAACAAAUUGGAGGAUAGAGAUAAUAUCUCAUGGAAUUCUGUUCUUUCCGGUUCUCUGCAAAAUGGUUUAUAUGAUGAAGCUCUGCAGUUGUUCCAUGAUAUGCAGGAAGUGGGCCACGAGCCCGAUUUAGUUUCCAUUGUAAAUGUUAUCUCAGCAUGUGGCCGAAUUGGGAAUUUAUUGCUUGGGAAAGAAGCCCAUGCUUAUGCCAUACGGAGAGGUUUAGAUUGUGACCUCCUGGUCGGGAAUACUCUUACAGAUAUGUAUGCAAAAUGUUCUAGUGAAAAGUAUAUGGGCCGUGCUUUUGUUAGGAUUCCUGUGAAAGACAAGAUAUCUUGGACCACAAUCAUUGCAGGCUUUGCCCAGAACAGCUGUUACAGAGAUGCAAUAAAUAUUUUCAGAGAAGUGCUAACAUGUGGGAUGGAAGUGGAUGAAUUGAUGAUUGGAAGCAUUCUUCUAGCCUGUAGUGGAUUGAAAUCCAUGAACUAUGUGAAAGAAGUUCACGGAUUCAUUCUGAAGAAAGUGAUGAUUGAUCUCGUUUUGCAGAACACUUUGGUUGAUUCCUAUGGAGAAUGCAGAAAUGUGAAUUAUGCAGCUCGAACAUUUAGAUUGAUUCGAGAAAAAGAUACAGUAUCAUGGACAGGCAUGAUAUCUUUGUAUGUCCAGAAUGAGUUCCCCAAUGAAGCGUUCUCUGUUUUCCUCGAAAUGAUGGAGGAGGGAGUUGAUGCUGACUCAAUAACACUCAUAAGCAUUCUCUCUGCCGCUGCUGCUUUAUCUGUCAUGAAGAAAGGGAAGGAAAUUCACGGGUAUCUUAUAAGGAAAGGCUUCACAUUAGAAGGUCCCAUUGCGAGCUCUCUUGUAGAUAUGUAUGGCCGCUGUGGAGACCUAAAAAGUUCCUACAGAGUGUUUAGUUCCGUUAAAAGUAAAGAUGUCAUUUUGUGGACAUCAAUCAUAACUGCGAAUGGAAUGCAUGGGCGGGGCUUAGCAGCGGUUGAAUUAUUCAGGGAGAUGGAGAAUGAAAGCACGCUGACUCCUGAUGAGAUCACCUUCUUAUCAAUGCUGUAUGCUUGUAGCCAUUCUGGGCUUAUAGAUGAAGGUAAGAGAUUCAUUGAAAUGAUGAAAGAUGAUUAUCAUUUGGAGCCAUGGCCAGAACAUUAUGCUUGUUUGGUUGAUCUUCUUGGUCGUGCGAACCGCUUACAUGAAGCCUAUGAAUUCAUUCAAGUGAUGCCAAUUGAACCAACAGCCGAAGUUUGGUGUUCCUUACUGGGGGCUUGUCAGGUUCACUCCAACAAAAAGUUAGGAGAAAUCGCAGCACGCAACCUCCUACGUCUAGUCCCAGAAAAUCCUGGGAAUUACGUCCUUGUGUCCAAUCUCUUUGCCUCGAGUGGCCGAUGGAAGGAUGUGGAGGGCCUGAGGAUGCAGAUGAAGGGGCGAGGGCUGAGGAAAAACCCGGGAUGCAGUUGGAUCGAGGUCAGGAAUAAAGUCCAUUCGUUCAUUGCAAGGGACAAAUCUCAUCCCGACUCUAAGAAAAUCUACCUUAAACUGGCUGAAGUCACUGAGAAAUUAGCUCGGGAAGGCGCUUACGUGCCCGAGACCAAGUUUGUCAUGCACAAUGUGGAGGAGGAAGAGAAAGUUCAGAUGAUAUACGGGCACAGCGAGAGGCUUGCUAUUGCCUACGGUCUGCUCGAGACUCGGGAGGGAAGUCCAAUUCGGGUUACAAAGAACCUUAGGAUUUGUGGCGAUUGUCAUACGUUUUGUAAGUUAGUUUCGAAGGUUUACGGAAGGGAAGUUGUGGUGAGGGAUGCUAGUCGAUUUCAUCACUUUGAUAGCGGGACGUGUUCUUGUGGGGAUUACUGGUAGAUGAAUUCUAUUAACUACUGUAUACAGAAGAAGUCUGUACAGAUUUUAUUGAAUGCAUUAGAUUUUUUCACUCUCC